GUUUGACACCGGAACAAAAUCAAGUUUGAGUUCCUCUCCCGCUUUUCGCGGUAGCGCUGUCAUGUUACCAUAGCAAUGGACAGAGGCAAAUGGGAGAAGAUACUCACCCAUUUUCAGGCACGUGCACGUGGUUACUCGGUGAGAAACGAAGUCCGUCGUGCACGAGAAGACUUUGAAGACAUCGUGAAAGAGAUUGAUGGAGGCUUGACCCAUCUACACUGGAGGGACACGAUUAUCCCUAUCCCUCACUUCACAGACACUGACGGCCCGUUUCUACGACCCUGCAGCGCUGAUAGCAAGCCUUCAGAUCCAUGGCUAGAUUUUAUUGCCAGUCCCCAGAAUACAACAGCAGCAGCAGCAGCAACCCCCUUGUCGCAGGAGAGGGAGGGGGGUCCUGGUCUCCCUCCAGAGAAGACAGAAGCUGAGAGAGAUGAUUCAGAAACCAAAGGUCAAGCCUGCCUUUCCAGGAACUGUUUCCCAAGCGGCCAUGCUGGAGGAGAUGGGGAGGGCCAGAGACAGAGGGGCAUGAGGGAUCAGGAUGGAGAUAAAGAUGGAGGGGUGAUGGAGAGUACAGGAGACUCCACCUCCGUCUGGAGCAGUUUGGAGCUGGAUGUGAACUACACUCACUCUCGCCAGGGUCCCCGGCAGUACUGCUCAGCUCAGGAGGUGCCACGUACACCGGAAGCCCUGCGUCUCCAUAGAAACACUCUGACCAUGGAGCUGGUUUGGCUCCAACAGGCCAUUGACAGCAGGAAAAAGUACUUGUCACUGAAGGAUAGGCUGACCAUAUCCUGAGAGCAGAAGUAAUCUGAACUGGACUUAAUAAAGUGGGACUGAAGGCCUGACUGCUGUCAGUCAACAUAACGCACCCUAAGUUUAACCUGUUAUUUUACAUAUAUUUAAAGAAAUUGCCUUCAAAAAUUAUUUAUCAAGUGCAUGACGA